GAAGUAGCAGAGCCGGGGAAAACUCCGGAAGCCAAACGAGGCACGAUGAAAUCUGCGGCCCAGGGAUCAAAAAAGGAAGACAAGAAAGAAGCCUCCAAGACAACAACUUCGCCUAAGACAGCGGAAGCAAAAUCACCGAAGAAGGAGACUUCUGCCCAAGCAAGUGAGAAACAAGCCAAAGCAAAGCCCGAAAGAGCCAAAAGUGAAGCCUCCUCAACCAGGAAAGCCAUCCCUGCCAAGAAGGAAGAAAAAACAUCAAAGCCUGUGGAGCCAGAAAGAGUGAAAGAUAAAGCUGCAAAAUCUUCUUCAGUCCCAAAAGAUAAAGAGCCCAGAGUGAAAGAUGUGACAACUUCAGAGUCUAUUAAGGGGAAAGACAUGAAGACUUCGGACCCCGUGAAAGCCGAAGAUGGUAAGAUGUUAGAACCUCUCAAAGCAAAAGAAGGGAAGGCACCAGAACAUCUGAAAGUGAAGGUUGUGAAGACUCCAGAAUCUCUCAAAGUGAAAGAUGUCAAGACCUCAGGAUCUCUCAAAGUAAAGGAGGAGACGAUUCCAGAACCUGUCAAAGCAAAGGCCCUGAAGACUCUAGAACUUCUCAAGUUUAAAGACGAACCGAGACCAGAACCUCUCAAGACAAAGGAUGGGAAGACUCCAGAACUUCUCAAAGCAAAGGCCCUGAAGACUCCAGAACCUCUCAAGGAAAAAGCUGUAAAGACCCAAGAACCUCUCAAGAUAAAGGAUGGGAAGACUCCAGAACUUCUCAAAGCAAAGGCCCUGAAGACUCCAGAACCUCUCAAGGUGAAAGAUCUAAAGGCCCAAGAGCCACUCAAAACAAAGGAUGGGCAGACUCCAGAACCUUUCAAAGUCAAAGAUGCAAAGACUUCAGAACAUCUCAAAAUCAAAGAUGCUAAAACCCUGGAACCUCUCAAAGUGAAAGAUGUGAAGACUCCAGAACCUCUCAGAGGCAAAGAUAUGAAGACUUCAGAACCUCUCAAAAUCAAAGACAAGAAGACUCCAGAACCUCUCAAAAUCAAAGAUGGAAAAACUCCAGCUUACCUAAAGGAGAAAGCUACAGCAAUGCAAGAAGUCCAGAAGAGAGAGCCUGAGAUUCAAAAAGAUGAAAAACCCACAAAGACAGAACCUGACGUCAAAAAAGAAGACAAACCAGGCAAAACAGAACUGGAAACUGAUCAUCACGGAAAAGAAACAACUCUCACCCAAUCAGAUAAGAAAAAAGCAGAAAAGGCUGAAAAAGAAAGUGAUGGAGAAGCUACAGCAAAGAAGCCACUAAAAGAGGAAAAAGUAACAACAAGGAAAGAAAGCCUGCCAUAUCAAAGUAUGACAAGAGAAGAAUCUGAAGAUAUCACAUCCACUAAGAAAGAAAGAGAUUUAAAGCUGCAAACGGUAGAGUGUUUCAGUGGCCCAAUCAGUUUCUUCCAGUGCGUCUACUUGGAUGGGUACAACGGAUACGGCUUUCAGUUCCCUGUGACUCCAGCUCACCACCCUCCAGAGACUGCAAAGUCAGCAGGGCAGAAAUCCCGAGGACAGUAGAGUGUCAUGCCACCUGUGAUUUUUGAAGUUUUGUUUUUUUAAAAAGGUUUUGAAUACUAGACUGACUCUGUUCCACAGUGAUACCCACGUCUAUCAGAAUGGAAAUCCAGCCUACCACCAGCAUCGGAAAAUGUCACUACGGACCCUAGGGGUAGGUCUAUCUACCCCUUGGGUUUAAAAGCUCCUGGGCUAGUUCUAAACCAGUCAGUCAAUCAAUCAAAAGCAUGCAUCGGGUGUCUGCUCUGUGUAAAGUAGCUCACUAAGCACUUGGGAGAGCAGGAUGGACUUAGUACCCAUCAUCCCUUUCCCUCAAGGAGCUUACGAUCUGAAAUGUCUGAUUUGUGUUGAGUGUAAUUAAAGUCAACUUUCCCCGUGAGCUAUUUAAAGGAAGAAAUGGAAAACUGGGGCAAGAUUCUUUCAUGAACAGCAUCGAAACCCAGCCUGAAAUGGAAUUCCUGAUUUGAAGAAGAGUUGCUAAUUCUUAAUAAUAAGUUCCCCCAGCA